AAGAUGUCUCUUGAUAGAUCUCUACGAAAAAAAAUGGAGGAAAAAGCCCGUUCCAAUCCUACGUUUGAGUUAGAAGCAAGAAAUUGGAUUGAAGAAGUUAUUAAUGAAAAACUUGAUCCUAACAAAGAUUUGAUUGAUAAUUUGCAUGAUGGUGUUAUUUUGUGCAAAGUUGCAAACGCUAUUGGACCAUGUCAGAUUCGUUAUAAGGUUUCAAGCAUGCCAUUUGUAAAGAUGGAAAAUAUUGCAGCAUUCCUUGAAUUUGUUCAAAAACUUGGUGUCCCUAAUUAUGACUUAUUUCAAACUAUUGACUUAUAUGAACGAAAAAAUACAUACCAAGUUCUUCAAUGUAUUCAUUCAUUGUCUCGAUAUGCUGUUCAAAAUCUUAGUUUUCAUGUACCUGCUUUAGGUCCGAAACUCGCAACUAGCAGAAAAAUCCAUUUCACUGAGGAACAACUUAAUAAGGCUAAAAACAUGACCAAUACUCGUCAAUAUGGAUAUGUUGCUGGGCUAAAUUAAAUUUAUCU